AUGGCCUCUUCACUCCGGCUGCCGCCCGGCAGCUUCCUGCUGUCGGCACAACCCAGCAGUGCAACUUUCAUUCACUUCCGCGUCGCGGCCUCCUACCAAUGCCGGUCCUUCUCGCAGGCGCCCCAGCGCUGGGCAAUGCGGCCGAACAGGAACAUGGCGAUCAAGAACCCAAGCCAGCCCUCGAUGAAGACACGCACCAGACAGAUGGAGCAGACAGAAUUGCCCAAUGAUAUUGGUUUUAUGCCGGGUACCUUUGUCCGGCCGUUGUGGAGGCAUAUGCCUUCGAUCUUCGAAAAGCCCCGGGAGAGGCUACAGAUGGAAUGGACGUGGUUGAAGUCUAGAUUUCAAGAUAUUGCUUCAGUGAUCCUAUACUGCAAAAGUAAGGGCAAUAACCUUCCACUCCAAUUCCGGGAACGACGCAAGAUUGCGCGCGCUCUGCAGAAGGAUAUGUACACCGCAUUUGCACAAGGAGAUACCAAACAAAUCCGUCGCAUCUGCUGCCAAAACCUUGCCAAUAACCUGGUCGGACAAAUCGAGGCUCGUCCCAAAGGCGAGGAAAUGACCUGGUCUCUGCUCAAGUACCUCCGCACCCCAGGCACAUACUUCACAGGACUGCGCAUCAUGUCAGAUCGAGCGUCGGAAUUGCCCGACCUCCCCAACUCGGGUAUCCGCCAGAUCGUCUUACGCAUCACCAGUCGCCAGGCCACAAGCAAAAGGUCCACUCGCCCUGGCGACAAGGACGUCGCCCCCGCUUCUAAGGAGCAGGAUUGCACCGAGUAUGUGGUCAUCCAGUCGAUCCGUUGGCAAAACAACGAUUCUGGGUGGCAGGUCUGGGGUCAUGUCAGCCCGACGACCCUGCACACUCUUCUAAACGAUCCCUAUUUUAAGCCCGGGUUGACCUUGACCGAGCGUCUUUCGGCUAUCCGGGAGGGUUCAGGGAUGAAAUAA